AUGGCAGAAACCCCAUUAAUUCAUUGUCUGCAAACUUCCAGCGGGAUUAAUGCAACAGUAAUUGUCCUGGAUCCAGGAAAUAUUCGACGAACAGCAACUGGAUCGGUUUUAACUAUGCGGAUUGCCGAUGCGUCAGGCACAAUCAACUGCACAAUAAUGAAUCCCGAUUUCAACGAGACGUGGCGAGCCGGCGACAUUCUGAAAAUCCGCGGAGCCCACACGCAAAUCUAUCAAGGCAGUUUGGUGUUGUACAUUGGCCGAAACGGCGAUUGCAAGAAGGCCGGCGAAUUCGGAUUGCCGUUCAACGAUCAGCCCGACAUCAGUCAAAUGGCGCAACAGCAACAGCAGAACGUCGGCGCGAAUCCGAAUCGCGGCCCGCAAAGCAUCGCCGCCGGACGAGGGCGUCCGACCUACUAG